UUUAAUCGGCGUUGAGGUCCCGCAGGGUUUAGACAGGUGACGGAGUGCUUUCCGGAGAGAAAUUGUUAGUAUUGUUCGGACGAACUGUAGGUUACGAUCGAAAUGAUCAACAGUGCAAUGAAAGUGGUGCUACUGUUUGUGAUAUGUGUUUUUGGGGCUGAAUCAAGUGGAUCUACUCAACCGAACAUCAUAAUUAUAGUGACCGAUGAUCUAGGAUGGAACGAUGUCAGCUUCCAUGGGUCACUCCAGAUACCCACGCCAAACAUCGAUGCACUGGCGUACAAUGGUAUCAUACUUAAUCGUCAUUACACACCGCCUCUCUGUACCCCAUCACGAGCCUCUCUCAUGACGGGGAAGCAUCCGAUCAACAUUGGAAUGCAGCAUCACGUUAUCGUGUCGGAUGAACCGUGGGGUUUGGGGCUGGACCAGAAGCUGAUGCCGGAAUAUUUUCGAGACGCUGGUUACAGCACUCAUCUGGUGGGGAAGUGGCAUUUGGGAUUCUACCGGAAAGCCUACACCCCCACGCGGAGGGGCUUCGACAGUCACUUUGGCUAUGUUGGGCCGUACAUCGACUAUUGGGAUCACAGUUUGCAGAUGCACAACGUAAGUUUUUCGACUUAAUCUGAUAUGUAAUUAAAGCCAAGAAAGGUCCGUUAUUUCGAGUGUAUGGUUUCACAUUUAGUUAUGGCGGUUAUCGUGUAUGAACAUGAGAACGAAGUUAAUUUGUUCCUUACUUCUAAAGACUUUGAUAUUUUUCAACAAGUGUGAAAUGGGAAAUUUCAAAAGUGUUUUUCGGAUUUAUAAAGUGUUUUUCGAAUUGCCUAAUAAAUGAGUAAAAAUUUCGAAGAAAAUUCUGAAAUAAGUGAGACCAUAUCUAGAAAUUGGUAUCAAAAUAGUUUUAUAAUGUACUAUUAACGUUCGAAAUUUGUGAGUGUACUCAAUUAUACAGCGCAGAAUUGCAAUUCGUCUCGGAUUUGGCAGCACUCUCUCAGAAUUAGUUCAAACUGUAGAGAUAAACCGGAUGUGGAGAUAUUAGCUGUAAAAAAGAUCACUUUGGAAUUGGCUCUAAUCGCAGGAAAAUAAAAAGGCAACAUUUUUGACUACAUAUUAGGAUUGGGCGAACCUAAAGGGUGUGUCACAUCAAAUUGCAUCACGGAAAAAAUGCUGUAGAAAUUCGCCCAGUAGACCGAUCCUUUUGAAAAUUUUAGACAGUAAAAUAA